AUGAAUGGCCCGAUUUUGAAAAUUUUCCUUUUCGGGGUGCUUUGCCAAUGUGCACUAUUAUUCUCAAGGGGAGAGACUCACCAGCCUGGCGACUUGAAUAUAGACCUAUCGUACGAUGAUAAAAAGCAAAAAGCGUUUAAGUUGCAGUUAAAAGGGGAGACGGCAUCCGUGGACACCCCAUUAAUUAUUCUCCAACCAACGGAGGAUGUUCCGCCAGGCGAAUUGUAUAACAAAUAUUUGGAUGAAGUGGAUGACCCCUCAAACAUUUCUGCGACGGACGUUUUACGCAACCUAGUGGACUCCUUCGAACCGAUAGAACAGAAAAGGUUCUUAGAUAGGGUAAAGCACAAAAAAUAA